GAACUGGAGGCUUCUUCAACAGCGACAACAGACUACUGAUUUAACCAACGUGGUGCUUUGCUAGCGAACAUAAAACCGAUUCAUUGAAGCGUUUUAGACCUAUCUUGUGUAUAUUACUCUUAGUGUUUUGAACAUACUUCUGUUUAUCUAUCUACUAGUUCAUUUAAACGUAAUUUGCUUGUUAAAUUAGCAAAUGUGUUAACUUGAUACUGCACUGAACUAGGCUAAUCUCCCGGAGCAUGAGUUCACUAAGCAAGACGGAGAAAGAAGCUCUGGUGAAAUUAGAGAAAGAAGCUUUCAGAAUGAAAAAGGAAAAAGAUGCCAUAACAUUGAAAGAAGGGAAUGUAGUGAAAAAAGAGGAAGAACAUUUUGGAGUGAAAAAGGAGGAGGAGACUGAAGUACCGAUUAACACCAGAGAGAGACAUGACUAUCGUGGAUCCUUUGGGGAGCAUCAACAACAUCCUGAUGCUGACGAGGCAGAGAAGAGUCUCUCCAGAUCAGAACACAAGAUGGUACAGGACAACGCUAGGCCUUCCACCCUCCCGGAGUCCCCGUGUCAUGCCUCUCCCGGUAGCGCCUUACUGCUGGAUAUGAAGAGGUUGUCUAUGCUGCUGGUCGACUGCAGGAAAACAACGGGGCUGAGUGGAACUGUGAGAGGAGGAGAAGAGAAGAAAGGAUCAGAUUUGACUCAUCAAAGAGAAAAAACAAACUUGGAGGAACAUAAGACGUCCAAACCAGCAAGAGGACACCUCUGCUCCCAGAUUGGAACGAGUUUUACCAAGUUAGGAAGCCUGAAAAGACAUGAGAGGACACACAGUGGAGAUGGGGAUAGAGACACAGAGUUACUACAGGACGAAGACGAGUCAUUGAGCGAACAUGGCUUUGACUCCCAGACGGAAGAUAUGUUUUUACACGGGGAGGACAUCGUUUUGGACUGUGCCAGGGACUCGGAUGAACAAUGGGAACCCCCAAUGUCAAGGUGUUCAUCCCCCACUAAUUCAGACGCUGAAGCUGGUUCAUCCAGCCGGACCCCUGCUGUCUCCGGCUCCACACCUUCCCCCGCCCGGCCAUCUAGAGGUGUGAAGAGGCCAGUCCAGAAGCGGAGGGGGGCCAGUGCACAACCUGCAGACAAAGGGACCGAGGGGCGUUGGCACACUGUGCUAGACGUGGAUGUGGAACCAAGUGCACCAACAUUUAGACCGAAAAGGCAGCCAGGACCUCAGAUGGACAUGACUGCAAAGUACAGCCCCCUUAAUCUUUUCCAGAUGUUUUUCUCCUUGUCAGUUCUGGAUUCGCUGGUGUCUAACACCAACAAGUAUGGGGCUAAGAAACAAGCAGGCAAGAAAGAGGCAUGGAAGCCCAUUUCCGUCCAAGACCUGUACUGUUACAUCUCACUGGUUAUUUACAUGGGGCUUGUGAAGUUGAAAAACCUGAAGGACUACUGGAGAACGUCAACACUCUACCGACUGCCUUUCCCCACAACUGUCAUGCCUUGUAACAGGUUUCUGACUAUCUCACGGGCGCUUCAUAUCAGUGACCCACAAGUUGAUGAGGACAAUGACAAGAAGAGAGGCACAGCAAGCUUUGAUAGGCUCUGCAAAAUCAAACCUCUCUACCCCAGCAUGGUUGAGGCCUGCAAGACCCAUUUUCAGCCCAACCAGAACCUGUCCAUAGAUGAGAGGAUGGUAGCCUCAAAGGCUAGAAUUGGCCUCAAACAAUAUAUGUGUAACAAGCUGUGUGGGUACAAACUGUUUGUUUUGGCUGAUUCUGUGUGUGCCUACACUUGGAAUUUGUUUGUUUAUGGGGGGGAAAGCGGUUUUGCUACCGGUAAGGGACUUGGUUAUGAUUCCGUUAUGGAGUUGUUGGAUUUUCAACUGCUGGGGACGGGCUACAAACUGUUUAUGGACAACUUCUACACAAGCCCUACCCUGUUCACAGACCUGAGGAAGCUGGAUGUGUGGUCUUGUGGCACCAUUCGUACCAACAGACAGGGCUUUCCAAAAACUAAAGUGAACGACAUGCCUAAGAGGGCUGAUAGUGGUACCAUGAGAUGGAUUCGUAAAGAUGACCUGCUCUUUGUAAAGUGGAUGGAUACCAGAGAGGUGGUCAUGUGCACCACUAUCCACAAAUCCUUCAGUGGCGAUCACGUCGUCAGGCGUGUGAAGGACGCUAAUGGGGCAUGGACCACAAAGAAUGUCCCCAUUCCUGCUGCUGUAAAGGACUACAACAAGAGCAUGGGAGGUGUGGACCUGUCAGAUGCUCUGAUAGGCUACAACAAUGUUCUCCACAUGACAAGGAAAUGGUACAGGACAGUGUUCUAUCACUUCAUUGACAUUGCUGUGGUGAAUGCAUUCGUCCUCCAGAAGGAAAUGGCUAAGAGCUCUGGACAGACCUCCAUGACACAGCUAGCCUUCAGAGAGCUGCUCAUCCGGGAGCUUGCUGACUACGGCACAAAGUCCACUGCAGCACCUUCUGUCCCCUCUACUCCUGUCACCAGUGUUGUUCACAUUCCCAAAUUCCUAUCUGCAGGCAUGAAUGUGCCUAAGGGCAAAAAGGGCACAGUAGGGAGGCGUCGUUGUGUUCUUUGUCGCAUGAAGUCCCCCAUCACCUGCCCCACUUGUUCUGUUACCCUCUGCUUUACACCAGAAAGAGACUGCUAUGGGACUUGGCAUCAGCAGCACGAUAUUGUGUAGGACUGAGAAUCUUCCAAAUAUUGUCAUUCUAAAGUGUGUAAUUUGUAUUCUUUCUGUUCAUUUGUUUUGAGAGAGAGGUUGUGUUAGGCGUAGCAUUUUUAUAUGUUGUGUAUAUAGUUAUUUGCUUGAAAAUGUAUCGCUUUACCAAUUUGGCAACUUGGGUACAUUUGGCCAACUUGUGUGGGACACCUGGGUGACUUCAUGCUAAGUGUCAUGUAGCUCGCUCAUUCCUGAAGUGAUCAGUCUAAAACUUUACACACACUGCUGUCAUCUAGUGGCCAAAAUCUAAAUUGCACCUGGGCUGGAAUAAUACAAUAUGGCCUUUCUCUUACAUUUCAAAGAUGAUGGUACAAAAAAAUACAAAAAUGUAUUUUUUUGUAUUAUCUUUUACCAGAUCUAAUGUGUUUUAUUCUCCAACAUUCCCUUUCACAUUUCCAUAAACUUCAAAGUGUUUCCUUUCAAAUUCUACCAAGAAUACGCAUAUCCUUGCUUCAGGUCCUGAGCUACAGGCAGUUGGAUUUGGGUAUGUCAAUAAAGGUGAAAAUGGGGGGAAAAAUGGGUGGAUCCAACAUUCAUGACCCUUCACUAUCUUCAUCGAUAAACUAGACAAUAGUUAUUGUUGCUAUUGUUAUUCUCAUUGACCUUCCUGGCCAUAUGAAAGCCAAGCUAAAUACAAUGUUGGUGUCAGUUUUCAUGUCUUUGGUUAUGCAAACAAUUGUUUAUUAGAUUAUAUUUCUCAAUAAGAAUGUUUUAAUUCUAAAUGGGUCACACCUUGCUUUGGUCAUGUGUUCUCUUAUGGGUCAAUGAUUUUAAUUAGAAUAUAGCAAUGAUGCUCUCUCCUCAAUCACUUACAGUGCCUUUGGAAAGUUUUCAGACCCUUUGCCUUUUUUCACAUUUUGCUAAGUUACAGCCUUUUUCUAAAAUUGAUUAAAUAAAAAAAAUUCUUCAGCAAUCUA